AUGACGGAAAAGGCUGCAAAAAACAAGCAUAGAGACUGGUCACAACUUGUCCCUGAAAUCUUGCAUUUGAUAGCAUCAAGCUUGAGUCUUGAUGAUUAUUACAGGUUUCAAUCGGUUUGCACUGCAUGGAGGCAUGCAACACUAUCAAGAUCUGCUCAUCGACAUCCCCUUCCAUGGUUAGUUUAUUCCAUGAGUCUAACAAGCAAAACCAGAGGCUUCUAUUGCCUCCAGAACAAAAGAUUCUACCAAAUCCCCUUACCGAAAGGUAGGUGUGCUGGAACAUCUCAUGGUUGGCUGAUUAUGUCUGACAACAUCUACGGUAGCUCUCUAUUAAACCCUUUCACUGGAAAUAAGAUCUCAUUGCCAAACCAGUCGCUCAACUUUCCUACAUCGAAGAAGAAAGUUCCAUAUUGGAUCAACAAGGCUAUUUUAUCAUCGGAGCCCACUGUGACUAACAUAGCUGCUGGUAGGUGCGUGGUUGCUGCAAUUGUGUGGGAUGAUAAUGAUAAUCACCUAGCGUUUUGCCGUCCAGGAGAUCAAAGCUGGACAUCGUAUCUGGUCGGGGACGAUUUUGAUUUGAAUAUUGCCAAUAUAACUUUCAGUAACGGAAAGUUAUAUGCCAUCAGCAGAUUCCUUUGGCUCUAUGUUUUCGACAUCGUGGACAAGCCUAUUUCUUGGAGGAAAUUGGCAACACAUCCACUUAGUAGUAUAAAGUUGGAAGAACAAGAAUACCAUAACCGAUUUUACUUGGUGGAAUCACGGGGAGAACUUCUAUUGAUUGUUAGGGUGAUGUUAAAGCAUCUUGGAACUUGGCGUCGGUGCACACAGUCAUUCUCAGUAUUUAAGCUGGACACAAGGAAUGAUCCCAAAAGUUGGGUAAGAGUAGAAGACAUUCAUGGUCGCAUCUUGUUUGUUGCUCGAGGUCCACCGCAAUUAAUUGAAUUGUCUGACUUCCAUGAUUUGUCUGGUUUCGAAAGCAAUUGCAUCUAUUACAUUGAUGAUGAACACAACUCUGUUGAUAAUCCAAACCUUGCGAUUGGCGUGUUUUGGUUAGAUGGAUGGGGUCAGAAACACCUGUUUCCAAAGGAUGGUAUUUCUUGCAUACAAAAUCGUGCUCCAUCAUGUGUCUUUCCAUCUAUUUGGAUCACACCGAAUCCAUAUUAA